CGACUCGCCUGCGAGCCUCCCCUUCCCACGGGCCACGACCAAAUUUUCCCCUAAGUUCUUACUUGCUCAUAACUGGAAUAUUCGCUAGAUCGAUACCAUGGCUGGUGUACCCUCAACCUCGACAAACCCAACUUCAUCCAGUAAUCUUCUGCCAUCAAGAUCAUGGCAACACUUCAUAGCCGGAGGUCUGGGUGGAAUGUGCGGCGCAAUUGUCACGAGCCCAUUUGAUGUUGUCAAGACGCGGUUGCAGUCUAGUCUCUUUAGGGAAAAACACACUUCAGUCGGGGUCGUAGGGGGUGGUGUUGCGGCGCUCCCGCAGCGUUCAGGUGGUUUGCUGUGGAAUUUUGUUGAGACUGGACAUAUUCUACGUGACAUAUACCGGGACGAGUCUCCAAGAGCGCUUUUCAAAGGCCUUGGACCAACUCUAGUCGGUGUCAUACCCGCUCGUUCGAUCAAUUUCUACACGUACGGUAACGGCAAGCAAAUCAUUGCAAAUCAUUUUAACCACGGACAAGAAAACUCUUAUGUACACCUUGCCGCAGCUGCAACUGCUGGUAUUGUAACGGGGACGAUAACAAAUCCCAUAUGGGUUGUCAAGACGCGCCUGCAGCUUAUAGCAUCGGCACGUCGACAUUCAUCCUCAUUCGCAAGUGCAAGUUCAGGAGCAACCGCUGGACCUUCACGCGCCUUUGGAAGCAGUUACAAAAUGAUCACCCAAAUCUUCCGUGAGGAGGGCAUUAAAGGCUUUUACAAGGGCUUGAGUGCGAGCUAUUUGGGUGUGACAGAGGGCACCAUUCAAUGGGUGCUCUAUGAGCGCCUGAAAAGGUUAUCCGCAGGCACUGAAGGUCGUGAAGGUAUGGCCGAGUGGUUUGGGAUGCUUGGCAGUGCGGGGACUGCGAAGUGUGUUGCUAGUUUGAUCACAUAUCCCCAUGAGGUUCUACGGACACGACUACGACAACCGUCUGUGAACGGCGUCGUGAAGUAUACUGGUCUGUGGCAAACGCUGCGGAUCGUCAUCGCCGAAGAGGGAGCCCGCUCCCUUUAUGGUGGACUGAGUGCGCAUCUAAUGCGUGUCGUCCCUAACGCAGCGGUGAUGUACUCGAUAUAUGAGGGCAUCUUGCGAUGGGGCAAGCACAAUUAAGUCUCCGGCUCAGGAUCCAUCCUUCGAUAACUAAACUAUGUUUAAAUUCAUCUUUUAACCUAGAUAUCUACACCUUACCAACCUCCCCGCACCCCCGCAAUUCUCGCAUCAUAUCAUAUCUUACAUCCAAUCGUACAUAAUUUUCACAUACAUUUGUAUACAGUGUCUGCGUGUUGUCCAAAAAUUCCGAUAAGGCUAAGAAUCUAGGGGUAUUCGCAACUCAGAAUUCUCAUCCUUAAAAUUGC